AUGUCGCAGCAUCGUAACCCAGACUUGAGGUUCUGCACAGUAUGUGCAUCCAAUAACAAUCGUUCAAUGGAGUCACAUAAAGUGCUUCUAGAAGCUGGGUACAACGUUAGCUCGUACGGUACUGGUUCUGCAGUGAGACUUCCGGGUCUCUCUAUAGAUAAACCCAACGUAUAUGCCUUCGGUACGCCUUAUAAUGAUAUAUAUAAUGAUCUUCUCUCACAGUCGGCGGACAGAUACAAGUCCAACGGGUUACUGCAAAUGCUGGAUCGAAAUCGCAAGUUGAAGAGGGCACCAGAGAAGUGGCACGACAACACCAAGACGUUUGACUUUGUUUUCACCUGCGAGGAGAGAUGCUUCGACUCUGUGUGUGAGGAUUUGAUGUCCAGAGGAGGCACACUCAACAAGAUAGUCCAUGUCAUAAACGUCGACAUCAAGGACGACAACGAAAACGCCAAGAUUGGCAGCAAAGCCAUAUUGGAGUUGGCAGAUAUGCUGAACGACCAGGUUUCCGAUUGCGAGAAGAAUGGUGCGCCGUUUGAAGACAACAUUGUGGAGGUAAUAGCUAACUGGCAAAAAGAUCACCCACAGCUUCCCGCUUUGUAUUCGCCAGCAUACUAUUGA